AUGGCGGCGGUCACACGAGGGCUUGGAGCUACAGCGGCUCUUUCAUCAGCCAAUUCCAAGAAAUUUCAAUUCACUACUCGCAGAUCGCUCUCAGGGAGGAAAGGAAGCUUCUUUGCGGUUGAAUCCAAUGGAAAUCCGAGAUCCAGUUUGAAUCGGCAUAACAACAGAACUAGACAAUUGGUUACUAAUGCAGUAGCAACAAAGCCAGAUAGUGCAGCAGCUUCAACUGUAUCCAAGCCUGGGCAUGAGCUUUUGCUUUUUGAAGCUCUCCGUGAAGGCCUUGAAGAAGAAAUGGACAGAGAUCCCCACGUCUGUGUUAUGGGUGAAGAUGUGGGUCAUUAUGGAGGUUCAUACAAGGUGACCAAAGGGUUUGCAGAUAAGUACGGUGAUCUCAGGGUCCUUGACACUCCCAUUGCUGAAAACUCCUUCACCGGCAUGGCCAUCGGAGCUGCCAUGACUGGUUUGCGUCCCGUUGUCGAGGGAAUGAACAUGGGAUUUCUGCUUCUGGCUUUCAACCAAAUCUCUAACAACUGUGGUAUGCUCCACUACACAUCAGGUGGUCAGUUUAAGAUACCAGUUGUCAUCCGUGGACCUGGUGGAGUGGGUCGGCAGCUUGGAGCAGAGCACUCACAACGCCUCGAGUCGUAUUUCCAGUCGAUACCUGGAAUUCAAAUGGUGGCAUGCUCAACUCCAUACAAUGCCAAAGGUUUGAUGAAGGCCGCUAUCAGGAGCGAUAACCCCGUGAUUCUUUUUGAGCACGUUUUGCUUUACAACCUCAAAGAGAGGAUUCCAGAUGAAGAGUACGUAUUGAAUCUUGAGGAAGCUGAGAUGGUUAGGCCAGGUGAGCACGUCACUAUUUUAACUUACUCCAGAAUGAGGUACCACGUGAUGCAGGCUGCAAAAACUUUGGUCAACAAAGGAUACGAUCCUGAAGUCAUUGAUAUCAGAUCAUUGAAGCCAUUUGAUCUUUACACCAUUGGGAAUUCAGUGAAGAAGACUCAUCGUGUGAUAAUUGUAGAGGAGUGCAUGCGCACAGGUGGAAUUGGUGCCAGCUUGACGGCUUCGAUUAAUGAAAAUUUCCACGAUUAUUUGGAUGCCCCAAUUGUAUGUUUGUCGUCACAGGACGUGCCGACUCCAUAUGCUGCAUCACUGGAGGAAUGGACCGUUGUCCAGCCUGCACAGAUUGUUGCUGCGGUUGAGCAGCUUUGCCAAUAG